AUGUCUAUUAAUAAUAAAGUAACAUGUUGCAUUGAAGAAUCCGAUGAUGACGAGAAUACUGAUAGUGAUACAACUAAAGGGAGAAGGAACCAAGCACAUGCAGUAAUAAAUAAGAUUAUAAAGUUUUCCAAGAAAUCUACGUCUGAAAAUGUCCUCGAGUCACUGCAAACUUGCCAUUGGCAAGACAACCUCCAAGUCUUACAGGAAAAAAUGAUUUUGUUAAAUAAUCCAAGGAGAAAAGAAAUAAUUCGUGGACUUCAAGCUGUUUUGCAAGAGAUGCUCAUAGAAGAACCCUUUGAUGGACCAAAUCCGCGAAUAGUUGGCUUCAUCCCAUUUGAUGAGGGUUUUGAAAUGUACAUGGGAUUUCAGUCAGUUCAAAAUUUAUCAGAACAAGCACGCUACGAUUUUCAGUGCGCGGUUCUUCACCCUAAGACAGGUUUAUGCGCAAACAUUGUGAAAUUUCCCAGCUCUGGAAAAAAAGUAAUCGUUUUACGCUCAGACAAAAGUCUUGAUUUUUCAAGAUUCUUUGACUUCCUUGCUCUAAACAUGACAACUAGCAGCAAAGAAGAAUUUUCAAAAGCGGAGGUUGACUUGAUACAAGAAAGUAUGUCAACAGAAUGGGACAGAAAUAUGAUAAAAUACAUACUCAGCCGAACUAGAACAGGGAGUGCUAUGGAGUCUUUAGGUGUUCGAAGGGAAUCCACACAGAAAUUGAAAACUCAUGUUCCGAUGGUUUUGGAUGCUGUAAGAAAUUCAAAAGUUGUUGGUGAAGAUAUUGUGCGCAGUAAAAUUAACGAAAAAUGGAAUACAUCAGGUCUCAGAUCGAGAAAAAUGAAGAACUUAUCAGGAAAAGAUGUGAAACCUGGUCAAAAGUAAGACUGGAUGAAUUGCAAGAUAAGAUUGAAGCUGACCAAGAUCGCUUGACGGAAUUAGAGAAUAUUCAGACUGGAAGCAGCAAGACACAUAAACAACGCUUGCAGCAGAUGAGUAAACGUCAAGCACGACAGCUUCUUGCCGUGAAUCGAGUUGGUAAAAGAAAACUUGGGGAUCAAGGAAGGAAGUCCUUGAUUGAUAGCGACACAGAAGAGAAAAUUGCAAAAGCAAUUGAAGACAAAGCGACGUAUCAUGGACGGCGUCAUAACACAACAAUGUAUACAAACCGUCGCGUAAAAGUUGCUGAUUUACCUGGCAUUGCAAACCACUUUUUGGCUUUAGCGGGAAAGCCUUUAAUCACUUCAAAAACUACUGUUUGGAAUCGGUCUGAACCUCGGCGAAAAAACUCUAUUCAAGCAAAGCUCCAUCUGGGAAAAGGAUUAUUCUGUACGAAAAAGCCGCCUAAAACCGAACAUUGCGAAAAUGAGUCCACCCAUCACCAGAGGGCUCACGUUAAUAAUGUUAAAAUGUUAUUCUUCUCUCGCAGAAAUGAAAGCAACCGAAAGUACUGCUUUUGUCGGUCAGUAGACGACAAAGCAUACAUAAGACCUGGAACAGGCGAAGGAAUGAACCACGCUAGAAACCAGAGAAUUUUACAACCUACUGCAGAGGAGAGGUCUCGAAAACUUCCUAUUCAUGAUUGGCCAGAGAGGAAAAUGUACAUAACUCCGUCAGCCCAUCGCAUCUUUUCUAAAAUAGGAGAAACAAUUGACGGUACUGAGAAACUAAUCACUGACGAUGACUACCACUUUGUGUUUGUCCGUCCGAAAUUUUUUAUUGGCUCUAGUGCACCGUGUGGGCAAGUGAAACAAUGA